UGUCUUUGCCAAAUGAAGUUCUUUGCAAAUCCCAUUAGUUUUGUUUAUGUAGGAAGGGCGUGUUGUGGUAGGCUGGAAAUGUCAUUGAAGGCAGUGGGCAAUAUUGUGUCAAUAUGCUGCUGUUGAAUUUCACAAAAAAGAGAAAUUCUCAAUUCGGUUACAUAAUGGAGUUACUGUUCCUAUUUUUGAAGCCGUUGUAAUUUAUUGUAAUUAUGAAUACGGAUUAUUUCACGAGAAGUAAACGUUUGUUGUCUGGUAUUAGGGAGGAUGGACGGAUUACAUUUCCGCAGGCGAGAGGUGCCGAGGAAGACAAUGAGCUGGCAGAGGGUGAAGGCAAAGUUAAAACAAAGUUGCUUGCUAUGUGGUACAACAUGAAAUAUGGUCUUAAUGUGAAGAUGAAAACAAACUUUUCACGAGAUUCUCCAGUGUGGCUCUUAGGAAGAUGUUACCAUCGUAAGACUGACCCGUGUGAUGAACAACCGGUAAGCGAUGAGAAAGAAGAAGGAAUUGAGAGCUUUAAGAGUGACUUCAUGAGCCGCAUUUGGCUAACAUACAGAAAGGAGUUCCCCAGUCUUGAUGGUUCAAACAUCAGCUCAGAUUGUGGUUGGGGUUGCAUGCUUCGCAGUGGCCAAAUGCUUUUAGCCCAGGCACUUGUUUCACAUUUUCUUGGAAGAGGCUGGCGAUGGGAUCCAAACCAGCGACCUAGUAAUGAAAAACAAUACAGGGAUGCUGUGAACCAUCGAAAGAUUAUCAAGUGGUUUGGUGAUACCCCAUCACAAAUGAGUCCUCUAUCAAUUCAUACACUGGUAUCAUUGGGGGAAGUAUCUGGAAAGAAGCCAGGAGACUGGUAUGGUCCUGGUUCAGUGGCACACUUGCUAAAGAAAGCUGUGGAUAUGGCCACCAGAGAAACCAGUGACUUUGAACAGUUGACUGUGUAUGUUGCCCAGGAUUGUGCAGUAUAUCUUCAAGAUGUGAUAGAUCAGUGUGAAGCAAAUGGUAAAGGCUCCUGGAAGUCUUUAAUUUUGUUAAUACCAGUUCGUCUUGGUGCAGAAAAACUGAAUUAUAUAUAUGCACCAUGUCUUACUGCCAUGCUGUCUUUGGAUAAUUGUAUUGGAAUAAUUGGAGGCCGACCAAAACAUUCCCUGUACUUCGUUGGAUUCCAAGAUGACAAAUUGAUUCAUCUAGAUCCACACUAUUGUCAAGAAAUGGUUGAUGUAUGGAAAGCUGAGUUUCCUCUCUCUAGUUUUCACUGUAGGUCACCGAGGAAACUGAAUCUCUCCAAAAUGGAUCCAUCGUGUUGCAUAGGAUUUUACUGCCAAACUAAAGAUGACCUUGAAAAGUUUGUUCAGAAUGUGCAAACGUGCUUAAUUCCUCCUCAUGAAAAGGCUGAAUACCCCAUGUUUAUAUUCUGCAGUGGAAGAAGUAGAGAUGUCAUGUCAGCUCCAAAAUUUUGCAUCCCAGAUGACAGCAUUAGACUCACAGAUUCUGUACAUGACAGUGAAGAUGAUUUUGAAAGUGAAGAGUUCGAAGUUCUGUGAUAUUUCACUGGUGUACUAUUUAUAUGUGAUUGUAUUUAUUUAAUCUACCAUUGUAAGAUUGCUAAAAUUAUCAACUGUGCUGCAAGCUCGCUGAAUUGAUAUCAAUCCCAUCAUUUUUUAUGGUUCACAUUAUGUGGUAAUACUGUAAUGGAUGAAAAAAAGUGAUAAUUAUCUGUAAUGCUCAGCUUCCAAGUUACUAAAUGUGUUACUUACUGUCUAAUCUAUAAGACUGCAGUUUAAAAGCAAAUGUCUUUGCUUAGAUAAAGUAUGUUUUAUUUUGUGACAAUUGGAAGUUGAUACAUUGUUGUAAAAAGUUGAUUGUGUAGGCUAUUACAUAGAUAUAACUUAACAACUUAAUACAGUGACCUGUUCAUUUCAUGUGAUUGUUGUGGAUACUUAGAAAGAUAAGUGUGAUAUAUGUACUUACUUUUGUGCUAGUAUUUGAAUCCAUAUGAUGUGAUCUUUUGUGUUAUAAUUGUUAUUUUUACACUUACUAUUUGUAACUACAGAGAAUCUGAAGGCAUAUAUUUUAAUAUUUUAGUCUCUCUCUCUCUCUCUCUCUCUCUCUCUCUCUCUCUCUGUCUGUCUCCUAAGACAAAAAUGCAAGUUAAUUUAUUUGUAAUUUAUCAGUAUUACAUUUUUUGAAUGAAAGUAAAGCUUAUAAUCUAUUUAUCUCUU